UUUUUCUUUGAAAAUUUUUUUAAAAAAAAUUUAACUUUUAAAUUAUAGAAAUAAGAUAAUUAUUUAACUCGCUUUAAAAUUUAGCAAAAAUGUGUAAUUUUCCAAAGUCCCUUUAAUUUUAUGGAUUAUUUCGUCUGAGGAAUUUUCUUUAACUCGCCCACUCUAUUUAUUAUUAAUGUUGAAGAAGACAUGGCAGCUGUUGAACAUACCUUUCAUGGUACUUGGGAGAUUGUUUCCUGCACCUUUGAAGGAAAAAAAGAAAUAUCCGGUUUAGAGGGCAUUAAAUUUCGUCUGGACGAUACAAGUGAUAUAACAUGGUAUAAUGAUUUGGUCAGCCCGUUGCCAGAAACAAAAGACUGCGAUACAUGUUGUGAUUCGGCUAGUGUUCUAUUCAGUUGUGAAACUUUUGAAGUUAAUGAAAGCAAUCCACGUUUAAUAUUUGGAGCGUUUGCUGGGCACAGUAUAGAAUUUAAUACAUCUACCUUAACACCUUCUGAUUCCCUAAUACUUUACUGUGAAAACUGGUACGCGGUGGAAUGUAAACGUUUGAAAGAGGGCCAAGCUGCUGGCCAGGAAAAAGAAUUCUCUUUUGCCGAAGCCUUAAAUGAAUCAUACUUUAGUGAUGUUAUUAUCAAAAGCUCUGAUGGAUUUGAGUAUCACGUACAUGCUUCAAUAUUACGUCUAAAUGGAUUUGAUUGCAGUAUGUGUGUACAUGCUACCAGCGCCAUUUCAUUGCCUCAGACUGUAUGUAGAAAUUAUGAUUCACUUACCAUAAAAAGUAAAGAUAAUGCCAGUUUACCCAAUUCCCCGAAUCCCAUUAAAAUUUCGGUGACAAUGACCAGCACCACAAAACAAACGGAACAGGAACAGCAAAAAUCUUUACCCCGCCUCAAUUUAUCACCCAUUUACUUGCAACCGCCUACAGAAUCAUGUCAUGCCAACAAUAGCACUUCUCUUAGAACUCAACAUCACUCCCAGUUGUCGUCCUCCUUUAAUUGUUUGUCGACCAAGACCCAAGCGAAUGGUAGUACCUUACAUCUACUCAAUCAAGAGAGUGGUUCGGGCAUGCGUCGUUUUCCACCCAAUUCCCAUUCGGAUUCUCAUUUGGAAACCCAUAAUUUAAAACCUCAAUCAAAGAAUAUUUUUAAUUUUUGUCAAGAUCUCAUGUUGCAACAUUCAACGGACGUAUGCAGUUCAACCGGUUGUAAUACACGUCGACCACCUUUAUCACCCUAUCGUGCCAGAAGUCCUUCACCAUUUCCCAGUUCUAUGGAUACACCACCUUCGUCACCCUUGACUCCAGUGGGUGUUCUAUAUGAUCUUCCUGCUUUUCUAUUAACACCCAUAUUACAUUGGCUUUAUACGGAAUCAUUGAUGCCCGACAUGAACGAGGAUGUUUGCGAGAAACUUAUCAAUUUUGCCGAGUCCCAACCUUCGUUAAUGAAGUUGGCUGAACCCGCAAAAAGAUAUUUAAAAAUGAUUAAAUUGAAGAAGUUUGUUGUCAAUAUAAUAAUGGAUUUACAUAGUAUUUUAAAUCGAGUCAUACAAACCAUUAAUCCAGUUACUAUAUCACAUGAACCCGCCUUACUUUAUGCCACAUUUAAGGAUAGUUUAAGAGAAUGUUCUAUAGGAUGUGCCAAAAUUUUACAAUUUUGCAAUAUAUUUAUUAAGGAUGCCGCCGAUAUAGCACGUUAUCAAAAGAAUGAAAUAAUUAAAUAUGUACGCACACGUAUACCCAUAUUUAUGUCACAAUUGCAUCAGCUCUUACGCAAUAUAUUAAAUGUAUUUUUAAGUCUAACACCUGAUGAAAAAGAUGAAUUAGCUAAUUACUUAGUACCUGAGAUUGAAACCACUUUAUUGAUUUUAACUAGUGUGAUAGAAGAAAUCAAAAAUUCUUUAGAAAAAAUGUGUAAAGAUUUAAAAUGCUCACAUUUAGAUUUAUCCUUAAAAUAUGCUACCGAUGAUGCGGUAGCUAUGCAAAUACAAAAUAACACUUUCAUUACCGCCAACAAUGCCAUGGAUGAUAAUACCGUUAGCACAUUAUUUAGUCAGCCGCCAUUAUCGCCACGUCCUCGCCGAGGUCCACCCAUAGGUUUGACGCUCUAUGAUAAUCCCUCGGAUAAGCAACGUCUAAUGAGUGCCGAAAAUGAUUUAAAAUUUGUUUUAUACAUGUAUGAGGUGAGAAAAAUGAGAGAUAUUUAUGGACGCAUAUCAGCUGCUUUGGAUAUAAUAAGAGAUAAAAAAACUACUUAUUGUGAAAUGGAUUUCUUGAGUAAACGCAGCACUAUAAAUCAAAAUUUAGAACAAUUGAUUGUUGAUAUACCCAGUUAUAUAUUGAUUAUGGAAAAUCUAUCGGAUCGUUUGGAGGAGAAAUUGGGUUGGAAGGAAUUUAAAUUUUGUUUUAAGUUGGCAACUUCGCAAAUUAACGGUGUUAUAGUAAAGAUAUUUGAUCAUAAGUCUGCUUUAAAAGAAGCCAUGAGUCAGAUUUGUAAGCUGGUGCAAAAACAAGAAUUUACACAAACUCUAAUCGAAUUAGGAUUAUUGGAACCGUCAAACAUUUUAGAAAGUGAAUUGAAAUCAUUGCAAAAAGAUGAUCCCUUUGAAUUAAGUUUAGAUCCUUUGCUUUUGGAAAGGCAACAUAACUAUGAUUAUAAAAGUGUUAAGCUUAAUCUAAUACGUCACUUAUGUGAACCACCCAUAGCGGUGAAUAGUAAUCUGUCGAAAAAUGCUUUACGUCUCUUGCACUCAGCCCAACUGGCCGAUAUGGAAUUUGAAGUUCAUACUUUCCACAAUCCUCCAACCGUUGAGUCUAGUGUUGCAAAUAGAAAUACUUUAGAUAUACAAAGUAUGGAGGCUCUUAAAGCACCCAUACAAGUUCAUACAUUUCGUGCACAUCGUGUAAUUGUAUCGGCCAGAUGUGAAUGGUUUAAAAAGGCUUUAAUGUCUGGUAUGCAGGAAUGUUUAACAAGAAAAAUUAUUAUAACUGAUACUUCACCGGUGAUCUUUCGCCGUUUGCUGUUAUUUUUGUAUGGUGCUCCGAUUGAUAAAACUGUUGGUGCUGAACAAAUAUGUGAAUUAAUGUUAUUAGCUGAUAAAUAUUCUAUAGAUGAUUUAAAGGAAUUAUGUGAAAAUACUUUAAAUUCACAAAUCGAUGAACACUCGGUUUUAUGUCUAUUGGGUAUAGCCGAUCAUUAUAUGGCAUCGGCUUUAAAAUCUAAGUGUCUUUCAUAUCUAUCACAAAAUUCACAUCUUACAAAGGCUGCUAUGUUUAAGGAAUUAUCACGACCCUUGCAACUUGAGGUAAUGGAUUUGAUACAUUGGUAUGGUCGUGUUACUGAACCCUGGACUGAUACGGGCGGUUUUAAACCACGCAGCACUUCCAGACACAGUUUAAAAAGUCCCUCUAAACCCCGCUCACGUUCUAGAAAAUCAUCACCAUCUUUUAUGUGACACUGACUCUUAAGAAGCAAUGGCUAUUAAAUGAUAAUUUAAAAUAAUAAUUAAAAAUCUAAAAGGUUAGCAAGCAAAUGAUAAAUGAACUUUUAUGUUUUUAAUAUUGUGUUUUUGUUUUUAAUUUUAGGAAAACAAAUUUAAGCAAUUGUUCGAAUAUUCUUUCUUUUUAUUUUUUUUGAAUUAAGUUUACUAUUGAUGUUAGAGCAUAAGUAUAAAAAUUAAAAAACACUUUUUCUAAAACAUAUACACAACAACAUUUUAAUAGGAACAAAAGAAAACUAAAUUUAAAAAAAUUUAUUAAAAUUACAAAACCAAAACAAACUAAGUAUUUAAGCUAGUAAACCAAGAAUAAAAACCAUUAACUAAUGGCACCAUUUUAAAUAUUAUAAUUUAUCAUAAAAUUUUAAAUUUUUCCAAAAAUAAAUCAAAUCUAAUAUGUAAUGUUAUAACAUAAAACGUAUUUAUGUAUAUUUUCCAAAUAAUUAUUUUUAUUCUGUGUUUUAUAAAUAAUAACAAAACCACCACCAGCAUCACAUUCCUUUACAUAUCCUUAAAUCAAAGUUUUUUGCUUAAAUGUACCUUAAAUUUCUAAAUUAUUU